UCCAGUUCCUGUUGAGAUUGUGUGGGUGAUAGACAUGAGAAUAAAAAUCGUGAGCUUAUUACUUUGGGAUGCAAGAGACAGAGUAACUCUAAAGAUAAGAAAGGGUGUGUUUUAGGGAUAACGUGAUCCGUGUCUACCUACUUUAUUUUUCUUUCAUCGUCAAGUGAAAAAUGAGAUUACCUCACAAACUCCCCGUAAUAGAGGAAACUACUAGUCUUGGUUAUGUUUCAACAAAGAACACCCAAUCCUAAUAUUUCGUUCUCAGUGCACGAUAGUCUACCGGAAAGUGUGGCGUUCAUAUCGCAUCUCAGUGUGGUUUGUCUUGUUUUGAAAUCGGCCUGUCGCAUGAGCCAGACGGGCCUUUAGAGUGUUACUGCUAUACUUGUGUAACCCACCCAUUUCUGGACUGGUUUGGUGCAGUAUCACACUGUAACUCGGAGAGGACCUGCAAUGUGAUUGCUGGCAGUGACUUUUGUACUAAGGAAACCAGGUUGUCAAGGUUGGAGGAAAAAAUCAAGUAUAUAUUAUUGUUGGUACUGAUGAAAAAGCGAUAAUUCAGGAAAAGUUAACAACAAGGAUGUGAGGAAGGCGACUCUGUUACGUGUCUCAGCAUUAAAUGUUCACCCUUAAGUAAAAGUGUUUUGUUCGGCGGAACCCUGCAAAUGAGUCUGAUGCAUCGUGUGCUGCAAAUAAUGCAUCCUACACCACACUAAACGAACGGCGACGUUGAACGCAGUCUUAUAAAGUUAACCGAAAAUAUUGUCACCGCCAAGUUGUCAAGAAAAAUGGCAGCUGGCGGAGAUGAUCAAUGGCCAACAACAGGGAGUCAUGGACAUUACUUCCUGAAGAAAAAUUUUCACAAGCCAUCUUAUUGCCACCAUUGUUCUGAUUUGGUAUGGGGACUUCUUGGACAAGGAUACGUUUGUGAAGUUUGCAAUUUCGUCGUGCACGAUCGCUGCCUUAAGGGAGUUGUGUCACCAUGUAUCCACAUCGCUACGGCACUUAUCGAGACACCAGUCGCGCACUUUUGGGCAGAAUCUAACCACCACAGUCAAAAGCGACGGUUUUGUAACGUGUGCCGAAAGCGUCUGGAUGACACCUAUUCAUUUCGGUGUGAAGUUUGUGACUAUCACGUGCAUGCCGAGUGCCAAGAUGGAGCCCUGCCAAACUGUCGCCAAGCUUCUACCUACACACCUGGGUGGACAUUGGAGGAUAUUCGGCCUACCCACUACUGGCGAGAGGGAAAUUUGCCAACUGGCGCGAAGUGUAUAUAUUGCCGAAAAUCGUGUUGGAGUGCUGAAUGUCUUGCAGGAUGGAAAUGUGAAUGGUGUGGAUUUGCGGUUCAUUCCAUGUGUUACAAAUCAGUAAAUCCCGAAUGCAAUUAUGGGGUCCUUGCGCCAAGUCUUCUUCCACCGCACGCCGUUAGUAAUAACUGCCAUACAGUCGCAUUGGAAACGCUGAUAGGAUCACAGCCAAGGAGGAGAGAAACAGCAUCACCCCGGAGCAUUUCAGAAGAUUUUUCCAGCGGUGGUGGUGAAGCUGCCAAUAAGUCAUUCCGUGAAAGUGAUGAUAAUUAUAGUCAAAGCCGAGAACGAGAUCGAUCAAGGGAGCGCGACGACCGGGAUGAAGAAUUAAUUAAAGUGUACGAUGGGAUCGCUUCGUUUCGCCACCAUAGCUACAAACUGAUCUCCGUUCCCCGACACACCAGUGUUGAACAACUAGUCGCAGCUGCUAUGUGGGCAUUUCACCUGACAGGAGAUCCUGGAGACUAUUAUCUUACAGAUCUGUGCGGAAAUUCCGAGAAGGAAAUUGAGGAGCCCUACCCGAUACCUUUACUGACACGAGUGGACGGGAGGAAGCCAGCCCUAUUACUUCGUUUUCGUGAAUCAACCGAUUCCGGUUGGGUCCGCGUUCAUGCGGGAAGGUUACAAGUGUCUGAAUCUCCCAAGCUUGUACCGGUUAGCAGUGGUACCAGCGCCGCUAGUUUGCUCAGCGAAUCGCUGCCCCUCUUCGGAUUGGAAUCUGCAAACCCGGAAGAUUUUUCUGUUACUGAAAUCAUCAUGCACAAAGGAGUUUCCGAACGAGUUCUUGCUCGAGACGAAAUUCCUUGGGAGUCACUGAAGCAGAUCGGGCGUGAAUCCCUUCGUCAGAUGCAACGUACUCGGUUUUACCUUCAACCGAAAGAAGUUCCAUGCAGUGAAAACUUGGCUGUGUUUGUUAGCAAUUUGCCGUUCAAUCUUUCUCAGCGUCAGUAUGAGAAGAUCCUUCUGGACAUUCUAGGGAAAGAUAAUAAAUACUCUUCUAUCGGACCAAUUUAUUAUGAGUAUGGUUCAAUGGUGUUAACCUAUCAGAAUUUCGAUGAUGCCAUACAGGCUUGCUAUAUUUUGAAAGAUGCAACGUACGAGGAACGCAGCCUAUCAGCCGCUCUGUUGCCAAACAUAAUACCUCAACUGAUUCCUCCCGGAGUGCAGCCUCUUCUGGUUUUUGUGAACGUUAAAUCCGGUGGUUGCCAAGGCCUUGAGCUUGUGACGAGCUUUCGUAAGCUCCUAAAUCCAUAUCAAGUUUAUGAUCUUGACAUCGGCGGCCCUUUGCCGGGCCUUUACGUCUUCCGCCACGUUAAGGAUUACCGUAUUCUGGUGUGUGGUGGCGAUGGUACGAUUGGAUGGGUCCUACAGUGCCUCGACAAUGUAGGUCAGGACAGCGAAUGUUCCUCACCUCCUUGUGCAAUUGUUCCACUUGGCACCGGAAAUGAUUUGGCCCGCGUCUUGCGCUGGGGAUCAGGUUAUACUGGAGGAGAAGAUCCCCUUAAUUUGUUACGAGAUGUCAUAGAAGCCGAAGAAAUUCGACUUGAUAGAUGGACCGUGGUUUUUCAUCCAUCGGACGAGAAACUAUUUGAGGACGGUAAAGGUGGCUGUGGAACAGGUGGCGUCAUGUCAACAUCGACAGCCAUUUCCAACGAGGACAACACCCAAAUAUUUGUUAUGAACAACUAUUUUGGAAUUGGAAUCGACGCCGAUCUUUGCCUGGAUUUUCAUAAUGCUCGAGAAGAAAAUCCCAAUAAGUUCAAUAGCCGCUUGCAUAACAAGGGCGUUUAUGUUAAAAUGGGCAUACGCAAAAUGAUGGGACGCAAAAUGUGCAAAGACAUGCACAAAGAAAUCCGGUUAGAAGUAGACGGUAAAAUCGUGGAACUACCACCUGUUGAAGGAAUCAUCAUUCUUAAUAUUUUAAGCUGGGGAUCGGGUGCGAACCCAUGGGGCUUUGAACGUGACGACCAGUUCUCAGUGCCAAAUCAUUGGGAUGGCAUGCUCGAAGUUGUAGGCGUUACCGGCGUCCUCCAUUUGGGUCAAAUUCAGUCGGGACUACGCUCUGCCAUAAGGAUUGCACAGGGUGGACAUAUUCGUAUACGUAUGAACAGCGAACUACCAAUUCAAGUGGACGGUGAACCUUGGAUUCAAUGUGCUGGCGAAAUAGUUGUGCUGAAAUCAGCAUUGAAGGCUACCAUGUUAAAAAAGAAGAAAGGAAAUAUCCCAAGCAGCGCGAUGAGCCAGACGAGCAAUCAUACUGCUGGAAACAGUAAAAUCCGUUGCCCUGCGGUGAUUCCAGCAACAUCUGAGUUGGACAACAGUGGCUUCGACGAAUCUCAAUCUACCCCGGGUAACAAAACGCAGAUCUAUUCAACGACCGUGUGAAAAUUUGGGGUCAAAGCCAAUCUCACCUCAACGUGUUGAAAUUUUCUUUCUAUCACGGAAGAGAGGGGCACAACCCACCUUCCUGUGGGCUCUCAAAAUCGUCGGCAAUAGGUAACCCUACAGAUUUUUUUCAAAAAUAAAAAAAAACUAUGAAAAUUUGUUCUUGUCCAGCAUGCACCAUACGUAGAUCUACUGAUCCCAAUCACACAAUUGUUUUUCCUCUUUAUAUAUUUAUUUGAUCUCUAGUUUCCCCUGUCUCUGCUUUCUUUGAAAGAAAAAAAAAGGUAAAAUCGUACCAUGCCUCUUUCCUUGCUGGUUCGUGAAUUACUUUAAAGUUUUAGCAGUCAACGUAUACCCUUUUUUAUGUUCCGUUUAUAGCAGUUAUGUUGCGUAUGUCUUAAAACAUAUAUAAGAAAUUUCCCAUUCCAUUACCUAAGCUAUUAUAAAAGCAUACAGAAAUUUUUUAAAACAACUCAAUUUAAAAAUGAAGACGGAAGAGAUUUCAGAAUAACAAAAAAACAAAAACAAAAAAAGAGUUACUUUAGCCCAUGUUGAGGACUGUUACUUGAUUGCAAUGGAUGCAUGCUUGUUUUAUUGUUGAUUUAUGAUUAUUUAUAUCAUAUAUAUAUACACAAAACGUAUAUAUGUAUCUGCUGUGCAGGAAAUUUUCUUAUAAGGUAACGAAUGAAGUUCAAGCUGUAAGUCUGCAACAAGAAACUCCUUAAUAUGGGGAUGUUAGCGAAUUGGUUAGCUGGAACCAAUUUUUCACUUUGAUUUGGAGCAAAGGUUUCCAGGUUUUUACUGAACAUAGUCUAGUCAAAUAAAUCCGAGUUGUCUUAUACUUGAUAGUGUUAUGGGUCACAAAGUUAUUAAGCUUCUCGUCCAAUGCUAUAUUCAAUUGUCGCUAGGUAAUUAGAUGUUUCCUGUAUUCCUGGUCGUUUGAUAUCUACGUUUUUAUUGAAUGUUUUUCGGGCCCCGUAAGUUGUUUCCUCUUAUCAAUAUGGUGGUGUUUGACGCUCACCGGAGAUCAUCGCCAAUCGUUGAACCUCGUAAUGAAACUAUUAUUCAGACAAGAAAUCCAGUAGGUUUCUGAAUGGAUUAUCCGUAAUGCCGAUUAUCUCGCUUUUCGUAAAAUAAAAACAAAAGGGCAUGGAACUUUCAGACGUUUGUUAUAUAAAUAAAAAUAAUCAAUUGCCUUCGCCUGACCGAAAAUACAGCAAGGAAAAGAAAAUCACAGGGAAAAAAGAAUCUUCGAAACUGAAAUCUGCUCUAUCAGAUGUAGUUCCUCGUCUGAACCGUUAAAUGAAAAAUCCCGCUUGCCAUUCUGUAAAAGAUCAUGGUGAACGAGACGACACCGUAAAGUACUCAAUGAAAUUGAAUACAAGCAUAAACACGAAUCUAUUUAUUAUUAUUAUUGAUCAAUCUGGUACAAAUGUGUUUGUUAUUCGGUAAUCUUUGUGAUGUAUAUGUUUUCAUCUGCAUUCAAUUUUUAAAAAAUUUACUGUAUGUUACUGGAUUAUGCCUAUUCCUACUGAUGUUUAUCUUAGUUCCUUUUGAAAUCGUCUUUUUUGCAAAAUUGUUGUUCUCGUGAUGCAAAUUUUCCUCGUCGGCACAUCGAACGGAUAAGUCAGAAAUGAUUGAUCCCAAGACUAUUUCAUUUUCUAAUAUUUGUUUCGUCGGCUAUUUGAAUUUCGACUAAUUACGUUUUCAUAGAUAGCUUUAAUUCAGAUCCUGUUCCAGAAUAACUUAUACAUAAUAAUCGUUGUUUUGUACCAGUCGUAGAUUAAGCGCUAGGAAUACCCCAUUUGUGUCAUGGAUGAAGACAUAUUUGGUAUUUGAUGAAAUAAAUGAAUAUGUGAGCUUCAUCACUGUACGCGAUGUCAAAAUUACGGAAAAUAUUGUAAUCAAUUAUAAUAUUUCAAGAAUAAUGUUUGUUUUCUUAUUUGUUGUAACUUUUUAAGAAUUAAAAUACAGGUUUUUGAUAACUGCA